AUGGCAAUGGAUGAAUCUUCUUUUCAAGCGUUUGUUGAGUAAAUCAUGCAAUCUUCUGAGUAAAUUACUGGUGAAUUAUGCAUUUGAUUGUAAAUUGAAAGUCUUUCGAAACCCAAUAAUGAAUAAUAUUCUUUGAAAACUAUUUUUCUUGUUUUUUUUUUCCCAACUGAGUCUUUUUUUUCUUUGCACAUUUAUAAAUGAAAAGUUUUAUUAUACAAGUCAUUUCGAAACCAACUCGGACUAGAUACAUUGCAUAUUGAAUAUCAAUUUUAUACUCGUUUUAAUUUGAUAUUGCAUAUUGUUUUUUCUAAUCAUGAAGCAAUUCUUGUCACCACUUACUAGCUGCCAGCGUUGAAGUUGAUAGUGGAACUGGGCACUUGUGUUGAAUAGUGGCUACUAUGAAGUUCCCUGCCUUGCAAAUUUGUUUCCGAGUAGCGAUAAGUAUUAAGGAUGUUUGAGACCCGAGUGUUCAUUGUCUAGUAAAGAGUUCUAAUGAGUCAUGCAAAAUGCAAAAGGCUAAAGUCUUGUGCUUCGCCAGAGUCAUAACAUCCAAAUUCGCGAAUUAUAGACCCACGGCUUCAAACAACUGUUUGCUAUCCGGUGAUAAUACUAGUAGUGGCUAUAUUUAUAUGAAGAAUCGUGAAAUCGAUCAUCUGAUCGUAUCGAAGAAUCUAUACAAAGCCAUUGCAGUGUUCAAUAACAUGCCAGUACGUGAUGUUGUUACCUACAACUUGUUGAUUUCCGGGCAGAGUAGGUACCGGCUCUCGAGUCAGGCUCUUCAUCUCUACGCUGAAAUGGGCUUAGUUGGAAUGAGAGAGAGCGCUUCGACGUUCUCCUCCGUGAUAGGAGUUUGUAGCGAUGCUGGGUUUUAUAUAGAAGGUGUUCAGGUGCAUUGUAGGGUGAUUAAGCUUGGAUUCGAUUUGAACGUGUUCGUUAUUGGUGCCAUCAUUGAUUUUUACAUGCGUAUGGGACUUAGUAGGGUCGCAAUGAAAGUGUUUGAUGAGUUGCCUCACCGAGAUUUGGCGGUAUGGAAUAUAGUAUUGCGUGGGUUAUCUGAGCUGGGUCGAAUGGAAGAAGAAGUGGUGCUUGGAUUUCAAAUCCAGAUGGAAUCGGAAGGUGUUGAGCCCAAUGGGCUUACAUUUUGUUAUCUACUUAGGGGAUGCAGUAAUUUGAGAUUGUUAUAUGAAGGGAAGAAGAUUCAAAGUCGCAUUCUGAAGCUCGGCCUGGGGGAAUCGAACAUUUACGUUGCUAACGCUUUGGUGGAUUUUUACUCUGCUUGUGGGUGCUUAGUUGACGCGAGGAAAUCUUUUGAAGCUAUUCCGAUUGAGGAUGUUAUUUCAUGGAACUCAUUAGUUUCUGUUUAUGUAGACAACAAUUUAUUAUGUGAUGCUCUGGAAUUAUUCACAACUAUGCAACUAUGGGGGCAGAGACCAUCCAUCCGUUCAUUAGUGGGGUUUCUGAAUUUCUCAAGUAGGAUAAAAAAUAUUAAUCUGGGGAAACAGAUUCACUGUUAUGUUCUAAAACUGGGUUUUGAUACACAAAGCGUUCAUGUCCAAUCUUCUUUGAUUGAUAUGUACGGGAAAUGCAGUGACAUUGAUAGUUCGAUAGCCAUAUUUGAGUGCCUUCCUGAGAAAACUUUACAAUGUUGCAAUUCAUUAAUGACAUCUUUGUCUCAAUGUAAUGCCACAGAAGAUGCAGUGCAGUUGUUUGGUUUAAUGUUGGAUGAAGGCAUUAAACCAGAUGAAAUAACUUUCUCCACUACACUAAAAGCAUUGUCAUCAUCUGCUUCACCAAACUUUAGUAGCUGUCAGGUGCUGCAUUGUUUCGCAUUAAAAUGUGGAUUUGAGGAAGACAUUGCCGUUGCCUGUUCUGUAAUCGAUGCAUAUUCAAGAUUCGGGCAUGUGGAACUCUCUUGUCGCAUGUUUGAAACACUUCGUUCUCCAAAUGCCAUAUGUUUCACAUCAAUGAUAAAUGGAUUUGCCCGAAAUGGGAUGGGGAGAGAAGGCCUAGAAUUGCUUCAAGCCAUGGUUGAGAAAGGCCUAAAACCAGAUAAGGUUACCUUCUUGUGUGCAUUAGUAGGGUGUAGCCACUCGGGACUCGUUGAUGAAGGAAGAUUAGUGUUCAACUUUAUGAAAUCGCUUCAUGGGGUAUCCCCAGAUCGCCAGCAUUUUUCAUGUAUGGUGGAUCUGUUAUGCCGCGCAGGAUUGCUAUAUGAAGCUGAAGAGCUGCUGCAGAAGGCACAUGGAGAAGGCGACUGUUCUAUGUGGUGUUCAUUACUAACAAGUUGCAGGGUCCACAAGAAUGAAGAGGUUGGAAGAAGAGUGGCAAAAAUUAUAGCGGAGCUAGGUCCAAAUGAUCCAGCGGUUUGGUUGCAAGCUUCACAAUUUUAUUCUGAGAUUGGGGAUUUUGAUGCAUCUAUGCAAAUCAGAGAAGUGGCUCUAGCAAGGAAGAUGAUAUGGGAGAUUGGUCGUAGUUUGAUUGAGAUAAAGCACUGAUGGGGUAAAGGGAAGGAAAAGCCCAACCGUAUGCUGUCACUGGAAGUGUGUUAUGUGACAAAAUAGGCAUGCUAGAAGAACUUGGAAGUCUGGACGUAGAAGAAGAAGAAAAUGAGGUCGAGCUUUCUGAGAUCCCUUCAUG